AUGAAUAGUGUCCAUCUUUCGGACAAGCUCCGCAUCUGGACGACACCCUACUGUGAGCAGCUCGGACUUCCGUACUUCCCGAACCAUGUGGCUACGGUGAUCCGCUCGCUGCUCCUGUGGUACUCUGUCCAGCUGCUGUCGGCCGGCGUCUCGCCGAUACUCUUUCCCAAGACGAUGCGCGCAAUGAGCGCGCGCAAGCGCGUGCAGUGGGACAUGCACUUUGUCUCGCUGAUCCACUCGUCCAUCAUUUCGCCGCUUGCGCUCUACUUUUGGCUCAACGUCGACGAGAGCAAGACCGACCUGGUGUGGGGCUACGACUACACCGUCGGCGAGAUGUACGCCGUGUCUCUCGGCUACUUUAUGUGGGACGUGAUCCAGUCGGCGCGCUUCGAGUCCCUGCAGUUUGUGGUGCACGGCGCGCUGGCCAUGACGGCGGCGGUCUUUGUCUACCAUCCCUUCCUCAUGUUUGACGGCCUCGGCAUCCUCAUCUGGGAGGCCAGCACGCCGUUCCUCAACAUUCACUGGUUCUUUGACAAGCUCGGCAAGACGGGAUCGCGCGCACAGCUCAUUAAUGCGUUCUUCCUGCUCGGUACGUACAUCUCGGUACGCCUCGUGCUGGGCGUGGUCAUCUCGUAUCGCCUGAUCAGCUCGGUCUGGACGCCGUCGCAUCUCCUCGCGCAUCCUGUGCCGCUGAGCUACAAGCUCUUUUACACGAUCGGCCUUAUGGUGCUCAACACGCUCAACUACUAUUGGUUCUCCAAGAUGGUCAAGGCCGUGCAAAAGCGCUUCGCGCCGAAGGAAAAGGCUACCUAA